AAACAAACACACACAUUGUGUGUUUACAGUACACACACAAUGUUGGUUAUAUCAUCUUGUCUUUUCGCAGAUUGUUCAUGGUUCAUGGCCAGGCUGCCCAUAGACCCGAUUACACCAGGGUCUCUGAGUGUGUUGCACUGAAGCUUUUCAAGGAGUUCAAGGAAGGCAGAAAUAGACCCUAAGGGGAGGACAUUUCCAAUUCCUCAGGCUAUUGUCAUGACGUAUGGUCAUAUUAAACAAUUAAUUGAGGAUUGCCAACAAAUCCUGCAAAGCACCAACCUGGUACUGGUAACCAUAAAUAAUACAACAGUCUCUUCUUGGCUGCAGGAUCGGCAGAAGAGGGCCGACCGCGAUUCUCUGCUUCAAGGGGUGGAGCUUCCUCAGCAGGUCCACGUGGCCGAGGAAUCCCUCCUGGAGGCCCUGGACCUACCAUCUGAGCCUGUUCCACAUGGGCAUGCAGAUCUGGAGUUCGAGGAACCUGACAACCGUGAGGGUGAGGCGGUGAUUCGGCGACGCCGACGCAAAACUCAGGUUUCCAGCGAAGACGCUGGAGGAGAUGAUGCUUGGACUGUUCCUUUCCCCUCUUCAUCUGACCUAGCCUAUUGUGAGCAGCGUCAACACCCAGCUCCUGUGUCUCAAUCACAGAGCUGGUACCCAUACCAACCACCAUCAGCUCCAGCGUCUCAAUCUCGUGGCUGGUCCCCAUACCAGCUGCCUCCAACACCGGAGUCUCAGUAUCAGGCCUGGGCCUCUUACCAACGGCCUCCAGCCUCUCACUCUCAGGGCUGGUCGGGGCCCUCAUACCAGCCGCCGCCACCACCACCAGCAGCCCACUUUCAGAGCUGGUCCUCAAACCUGCCGCCACCACCACCUCCAGCAGCUCACUCUCAGGGCUCUUACCAGCUGCCACCAGUGCCAGAUUCUCCACCUCAGGACGGACCUUCUAACCAGCCAGAUCCAGCGUCUCACAAUCGCUACCGGGAAUGGAGGUUACAAAAGGCAGCCUUUGAGGAUCAGGAGCGAGCGAUGAGGGGUGAGCCCCCGAAGAAGCGUCAAAGUAAGGAAAGCUACCACUACCAAUGCAAAAUGUGUGGUAAGGCGAAAAGCAAACUUACUGGCCACACACAGCUACGGGGGAAAUGGUACUGUCCAGCAUCUGGAAAGACCAUUGAAGAGUGGAAAAGCUCCUUGUAAAAAUGUAAGCAAUGUGUACAUUUGUUUUUAAGAUAUUUCUAUUGGUGUUAAAUUGUUUGUUUUAAGUGUUAAAUCAUUUGUACAAAAAAGUUCAAACUGUUGCAAGUUCACAACAUUUGUAUAUAGUUAGUUAAAUAGUUAAAUUCUGCAACUCUAAUAAAACAACAAAAAAAACAACUCUUGUGGUGUAACAGCAACACAGCCAUCCUUUGGGUGGAAGAUUCCAGGUGCGAAUCCUGGCAAGAGUGUGCAAUUUGUUGUAUAUUAAUUCAGAAAUGAUAGUAGAGUGUCAAUAAUAAUGGAACAAUAAUAUAAUAAAUAAUACCUAAUAUAACAAUAAUAGGAAAACAAGUAAUGAUUUUUCUAACAUCUGACAGCUUAAGACUUUAAGCUGAAUUUUUCUGAUAUUUCUAUGUAUUUUCUC